AUGGACAUCUUGGGUUUCAACCUUGCCAACCCGAGCCUUCCAAAGAGUGUCCUGCAACCUCUCCCGCACCCGUGCACUUCGUCAAUCGCCUCGUCUGCCGCGUCUUCCUCGUCCUCAGUCUUCUCCCUCGACUCCUCUUCCCAAUAUUCACUCUCGUCGUCAGCUAGUUCUGUCGACGUGAUCUGGGAAAAUGAGGUCUUAGGAGCUGGUGACUCAUCAUCACAGCAACCGGCUGGAGGAGCUAGAACGUUGAGCUUGUCAAGUGAAUCGAACUUCCACUGCUUCCGUUCUGGAAGAGGUUGUGGCCCUAAAGUCGCUGACGCUGCGGUUGCUCCUGAAUUGCGGCAGAAUCCCCGACGUACCAAUAGUAACACCUCAUUGUCGUCUGCCUGUUCGCGGGCCCCACCCUCGCUGGUCCGCCAGUGUGAUCGGAAAGUCAAUUUCGUUGACAAUCUUGUCGUGGUAGCGCUCCGCAAUGAUUCUCCCUUGGGUUCAAGGGGGGUUUUGCCACUGCGCACUUUCAUCCAGGAAACCCUUCGACGGUCAAGAACCAGCUAUUCGACUCUUCAAGUUGCCCUUUACUAUCUUAUCAUGAUUAAGCCUUAUGUACCUAAACAAGAUUUCACCAUGGAGCAACCCAGGAACCACCCGUGCUCUCGUGCUAUGCAAUGUGGCAGGCGAAUGUUCCUUUCUGCACUUAUUUUGGCCUCUAAGUAUCUCCAGGAUCGAAAUUACUCCGCCAGAGCGUGGAGCAAAAUUUCGGGUUUGAAUACACUUGAGAUCAAUCAAAAUGAGCUGGCGUUCCUCGAGGCUGUGGGCUGGAAACUUCACAUUUCGGAAGCCAUCUUCCAGCGUUGGACGGACAUUGUUCUCAAGUACACGCCCAGCGCGGGUGGUUCUCCAAACGGCGAAGGCCUCACCUGGCGGAACAUUAUCCCUGUGCUCACUGCGGAACUUGACACCGUCGAUCUGGAUUCCGACCGGUAUCGUGGUGUCACCGAUCAUGUCAUGUCUGGCAUCAGCGUCACACCGUCACAAAUUCCUACGCCGAUCCCGGACGGAUUGUCCAAUGUACCACCACCAUCCCCAGCAGCACCACUACCAACUCAUGACCAGACAACCCCGGGAUCGAGAACUGUUUUCCCAACACUCGAGCCAAACCCAUAUGCCCAGCUCCCUUCUCUCCCUACUCCUCAGAUGACCCCACAGACAAACACCGUCAACACUCCUGCUGUGAGCGUUGGUGGAUUUCUGUCUCGGAAACCCUCUAUCUGUGCCGCCAUGUCCCAAGCGCGCAGUAUCUGCGCACAACGUACUGCCUUCGACUCCCGCCCCAAUUGUACUUUUAAUAAGACUGCCCCUACCGAGACCUAUUCCAACCUAGGCCGCCGCUCCUCCCUGGCCCGAUCUGCUUCGUCAACUUCGUCACCAGAGUCCAUGAUCUCUGACGUGCCCUCUCUUGCAUCAUCGUCGUCCCGUUCAUCCCGUUCGUCACGAUCUUCCUCCAUCUCAUCCGUCGCAUCAGGGACCUGUGCGCCUGCGCAGCCAAGAUUGGCUAUGCGGGCGACUCGUCGAUGCGCGAACAUGCAGAAUUAUUCGCUCGCCGCUCCUGCGGCGAAGGAAUACCGGAAGACCUCGUCGUUUACCACGGUAACGAGCGUACCCACCAUCGAUGAGGGAAGCUGGCCAGAUUUCUACGCAUCACCAGAAUCAUUCUCUACCUCCGUCUGCGCGGAGCUAAAUAAUAUGGGAGACCAACAACUUUCCGGCUUCGCGCUGGACACGUCUUCUAUUGACCUAGCCCACGAAGCUGCUCAGGGCCUCUGCGAGCUCUCCGGUGCUCUGCCCCGCUCUUUCCACCUUUCCUCUUCUCACGCAAUCUCCCACCCAACCAACAACAACACCGCAACCGCAAAUUCAUCUGCACCACCCUCAAAACCCUCCACUCCAUCAACAACCACAAUCACCACCCGAACCUCCCGCAAACGUACCCGCACCCCCUCCAACGACUUCGCCCUACACACCACCGUGCGCGAAGAACUCCUCUCAUUCUCUUCUUCGUCGCCUUCCUCCUCCCUCCACACCCUCCGAAGCAACGAGGAUGAUGGCAACACCGUUGUCGCCCCAGAUACACAGGUUGCUGACUCGUUUCUCGUCUCUCAAGUACCACAACAACAACCGAUACAGAUGCAAGUGCAACUGCAGCCGCAGCCGCAGCCGCAGCCACAGUCACCGCCGCCCUCCACUCCCUCUUCGUUCAUGAAUGCCGGCUAUGGUACGGCGAAGUUUGCUCUACCGCUGCCUCGGCCGCGACCGUGUAAUAGUAAUAGUGGUGGUGGCGGUAGUGCUGGGAGCAGUAGUAUCAAGCGUGCCUGCUGUGCGAAGGAGGUGGCAAAGUAUCUGUGGGGGGUUGGUGCAGGCGUUGCCGGAGUCGGAGUCGCUGGAGGGGAGGGCGGGGAGAUUGUGGACUAA